GAGACUUUUAAAAAGAAACUAAACAGUUCUGGGUGUCAACUGUGUGAUCCAAUAUUGUAAACAUUCCAAAGAUUUUCCUACGAACUCUUAGUUAGCCCCUUCUCUUUCCAUGUUCCUCCUGGUUCUUGAUUUUGUCAUAUUAAGUAUUUCAAGAAACCGUCUCUCUCAAAACGGAGAGAAAUCAGAGAGAAAAGAGAUGAGGAGAACAAUGGCUAGAAAUGCUCUACAACCACUCUCCAUGAUAUUGGGUUUGGCUACUUUGCUCAUAAUUCAUGUUUCUGGUGGUGAUUCAUGUGAGGGUCAGUUUUCUGCUGCUCGUUACCAUGAACAAAUGCGCCAAUUGCAAGCGAUUAAGGCUUCUCUUAUUGGUCGAGAGUCGGUUCCAGGUUCAACAAUCUCCGCCUCUCCAUCCUCUGCUCCGCCACUACAGGGAGCAUCCGGCCUACGCGUAUAUCGUGUAACAAAAUACGGAGCAGAUCCAACAGGGAAAUCAGACAGCACCGAAGAACUAAACAAGGCAAUAGAGGAUGCAUUUCAGGGUCCAAGUGAAGGGUUGUUGAUGGAGGGCAUCUCUAAUCUUGGUGGGCCACAAAUUAAUCUUGAAGGCGGGAAUUACCUGAUCAGUAAGCCACUGAAGUUACCGGCUGCGGGUGCAGGGAAUCUUAUGAUCCUUGGAGGGACAUUGCGAGCCUCAGACAAUUUUCCAGUUGAUGGGUAUCUUAUUGAUUUGUCUGCAUCAUCGGCUAGCGGCCAAGCAGGAAAAAUAGGGAGCUCCUUGAAUUCACAGCUUGCCUCAUCAUCAUCGUCAUCCUAUAACUACGAGUACAUAACGCUCAAAGACCUGAUGUUAGAUUCCAAUUAUAGGGGUGGAGGCAUUUCAGUUGUAAACUCACUGAGGAUUAGCAUUGACAACUGCUACAUUGCCCAUUUCACCACCAACGGAAUUUUAGUCCAAGGUGGGCACGAGACCUAUAUCAGGAAUUCUUUCCUAGGCCAGCAUAUUACCGCUGGUGGUGAUGGAGGCGAAAGGAACUUUAACGGCACCGCCAUUAAUCUAAUGGGCAACGAUAAUGCCGUCACGGAUGUUGUGAUUUUUUCAGCUGCCAUAGGAAUAAUGGCCUCAGGUCAAGCCAACACCUUCUCUGGGGUGCAUUGUUACAACAAGGCAACAGGUUUUGGAGGUACGGGGAUUUACUUGAAGCUGCCUGGUCUGACACAAACCCGGAUAGUAAAUUCUUACAUGGAUUACACUGGCAUUGUGGCUGAAGACCCGGUUCAGCUUCAUAUCUCUAGCAGCUUUUUCCUUGGUGAUGCAUUCGUUCUCUUGAAAUCAAUAAAUGGGAUAGCAAAUGGAAUCAAUAUAGUGGAUAACAUGUUCAGUGGAUCCAAUAAGGGGGUUGAAAUUGUGCAGUUAGACCAAUCGAAUGGGGCUUUCAAAGAAAUUGAUCAGGUCGUAGUUGAUAGGAAUAAUGUCAAGGGGAUGAAAAUUAAAGCAACGGUUGCAAGAGGGGCCGUUCAAGGGAAUGGGAGCUCGUGGACAGUUGAUUUUAAUCCUGUUCUUUUAUUUCCCAACCUGAUUAAGCAUGUGCAAUAUUCACUAAGCACAAGUAGUGGGAGCUCAUUUCCUAGCCAUGCCCUGCGUAAUGUGUCUGAUAACCGUGUUGUGAUCGAGUCAGAUAUGGCUGUACCUGCAAACGUCUUCGUCACGGUGGAUCAAGCUUAAGCAGCUGACGUUAUUAAUUGUUUUCUCAUGGACUUGAGAAUUCUGAAAGCUAAUUAAUUACUACGUAUAUUUCAAGUCAAUUCAUACAUAU